AUGUACUCUUCAUCCAACGCCCAUCGCCAAUCCCGCCCCUCCUCAACACUCCCCGACCUCCCGGUCUUCCGCGCCCUCGACCGCCAUGAUCCCAAAUCAACAGCCGUUGUCCACAGCGUCUCUGGCCGUACCUUUACCUAUGGAAACUUAAUUGGCAAUAUCCUGCACUCCAAGAGCCAUCUGUUACAAUGUGUAUCUGUUUCAGCAGAACCUAGGAAUGUAGCGUUACGCGGUGCCCCCGUUGCUUUUUUGGCGGAGAAUGGUUACGACUACGUAGUAACUUUGCUCUCUAUCCUCGCCUGCGACGGAAUCGCGCUACCCCUCUCUCCCAGCUUCCCUGCCGGAGAGCUGAGGUACAUCCUGGACAAUUCGCAAACUAGCUUAUUGCUUGUGACGGAUAAAUACAGAAAGAAGGCCCAGGAAUUGCUCGAGGCGGAUUUAGAGACUAUUCCGUUCUUGAAAGUGCUUGAUAAAAUUGAACAUGGCGCGGAUCCAGCUGGACAGCUGCAUUUUCAAGAUUCGGCGGACGCACGCGGUGGAAUGAUGCUUUAUACUUCGGGAACCACAAAUCGGCCAAAAGGAGUCCUCAUUCCACAGUCAGCUCUAUCAACACAAGCGCAAUCUUUGGUCCAGGCAUGGUUCUACUCCCCUAGCGACCGACUGCUGCACCUGCUCCCUCUGCACCAUAUUCACGGCACUGUCAAUGCCAUCCUCGCACCACUUCUAGCCGGCUCGUCUAUCGAGUUCAUGUUCCCGUUCAACCCAGCCGCGGUUUGGAAUCGACUUGCUGCCCCGUUCCUUCCAGCCGACCAAACAAAAAGCAGCAGCAGUAGUACUGAUCCAAAGGAGAAAAUUACAUUCCUAACUGCUGUUCCAACAAUAUAUAACAGGCUUCUAUCAACGCACAAAACCCUGCCGCCCGAAAUUCAACAAGCAGCACGAACCGCCAUCUCACCCAAAAAUCUUCGCCUGAAUAUCUCUGGCUCAGCAGCCCUACCCACCCCGACAAAAGCUUCUUGGCAAGAACUGAGCAACGGCAACAUCCUCCUAGAACGCUACGGCAUGACAGAGGUGGGUAUGGCGCUUAGUUGCGGCUUGGAUUUCGCGGACCGCGUUGACGGAAGCGUUGGCUGGCCGCUCCCCUCUGUGGAAUGCAGACUCUUUGACACUGAUGUCAAUGAAGUCAUUCGACACGGCGAGGAGAUUGAUGCGAAUGGCCGCGAGAGGGUAGGUGAGAUCCAACUGCGUGGGCCGACAGUGUUUAAGGAAUAUUGGAGGAAUGGGGAAGCGACAAGGGAGGAGUUUACCGAAGAUGAAGAUGGGAAGGGGCGCUGGUUCAAGACUGGAGAUGUUGCUGUGCGCAGAUUUGUCCCUGGCUCUGGCACGGCAGGGAGGGGUCAGGAGUGGUGUCGCGGCCCGCUGUAUUUCAUCCAGGGCCGCAAGAAUGUGGAUAUCAUUAAAACUGGCGGUGAGAAGGUUAGCGCAUUGGAGGUUGAAAGGGAGUUGUUGUCGUUACCUCAAGUGACUGAAGCGGCCGUCCUCGGCCUCCCAUCGCCGCAGUGGGGACAGAAAGUAGCUGCUGUCCUUGUCCUGGAUCCAGAUUUUGAGACCAGCACUAGUCGCAAUGGCAAGGAGAAACCAUGGGGCGUCAUGGAUAUGCACCGCGCACUCAAGGAUAAACUGGCUGCGCACAAGAUCCCGUCAGAGAUGUGGGUGUUAAAGAACGGCUUACCGCGGAAUGCGAUGGGGAAAGUUAAUAAGAAAUCGUUGGAAAAGCUGAUUUGUGAGGAUCUGCUGGAGAUGUAA